GAGACGAAGAGCAGAAGACAAGUGUGGAGGACGAUGGAGACGGGCAAAAAGAGCCACAUCGAGUCGUCACUCCUACUGGGAGGCCAAGCUUUAAGAAAACGUUUUCCUCUGAAGUACGGAUGGAUCUUUCUGUUGUUGGCCUUCUGUGUCUUAUGGAUCAUGUUUAGCUAUCCCGACAUCGCUGAUCACAUAAACAGUAAAUUAGCAGAGCUGAAGAAUAAAGUUCCUUCCACCACUGAGGCUCCGAUUUCCACCACCAGAACUCUGAAACGUCCAACUGAGCCUCCUAAGCCAACCAGUUUCUGCUCCUUCCACUCAGUGUUACCUGAAGACGCUCUUGAGUUAGAAUCUUUAAAGAACUACAUCACCUGGCCUGAAACCCCAUCUGUCCCAGAUAACUUCUCUCUGACUGACACCAGUCAUCCUGCUCACAGCACUUUCACCAUCCUUCCACGUGGCGGAGGGGGAAGUUGGCAUGUUGGUGAUCAGCUGGAGGUCUUGAUAAAAAUGAAUGACUUCAAUGGACGCCCCAAGAAAUCUGGUGGCGACGUCGUAUUUGCUCGGCUGCACAACCUAACUGUUCAUGCAGGUGUGGUGGGGAAAGUCUUUGAUCAUCACAAUGGUUCCUACACGGCUGUUUUCCCUUUACUCUGGGAAGGAAGCGCACAGGUUGAGGUGACCCUGGUCCACUCCAGUGAGGCAGUCACAGUCCUGGAAAGAGUCAACUUGGAAAAGCCUGACAGAAUUUUCUUUCAAAGCCUCUUCCGUUCAGGCUCAGUGACUGAGGCUACUAAUUGCAACGUGUGCCUUAAGGCACCUCCGGAGCAGCUUUGCAACCUCACUGACACCCGAACCGGUGAACCCUGGUUCUGCUACAAGCCAAAGACCCUCAAAUGUGAACACAGGAUCACCCAUGCCUUCAAAGGUUAUGUACCAUAUCCAACAGGCAAGGAGGCCAAGCUCUUUCAAAGUGGGGUCAACUUGAAAGUCUCCAUUCCAUCUUUAGGACCUUCCAGUAUCACCAUUUUGCCAAAACUAAUAGUUCUCAAUGAAACAGUCCCUGUUAACAUGUCAGGAGAAGCCAUGAGAGCCAGUCCUGCUGGUUAUUACUACCAGGGCGCAUGGCGAGCACUAGACGGCACCACAGUUCAUCAGUUUAAUAACGCCACAGCAAUCAGCCAGUGUCUGAAAGGGAAAGUUCUCCAUCUGUAUGGAGACUCCACCGUCAGGCAGUGGUUUGAAUUCUUAAUUGCKAAAGUUCCAGAUCUCAAGAAGUUUGACCUGAAAACCCCCCCACAAACCGGACCCCUUAUGGCCUUGGAUUAUAAAAACAACAUUUUAUUGACGUUCCGCUGCCACGGCCCUCCKCUYCGUGCUYMURYRUUGCCRGUCAGYSAGUUCCAUUUUGUUGCCAACAAACUGGACAGUGUGGUUGGAGGCACAAACACUGUAGUUAUUUUUGGCGUCUGGGCACACUUUGGCGUUUACCCUGUGGAGGUCUACAUCCGACGUCUGCUGAGCAUAAGGAGGGCAGUGGAGCGGUUGUUGACCAGAGCUCCAGAUACUCUGGUUAUCAUCAGGACUGGUAAUCCCAAAAGGCUGACACUACAUGAGUCGCUGACCACUGACGAUUACUAUGCAUUGCAGCGAGACAAGAUACUCAGAGCAAUAUUCAAAGAAGUGAAUGUCCGACUGCUGGACGCCUGGGAGAUGACCCAGGCCCACUACCUUCCACAUGACCUCCACCCACCACAACCCAUAAUUAAGAAUAUGAUAGAUGUUAUUUUGUCCCACAUAUGUCCCCAGAGGUGAAUUUUAAAGCCACAUGGAAGAAGCAGAAGACUUUAGAUCUUUGUGGUCUGGUAACUAUUGGUGAUUGGUAACACAUACUUAAGAGUUAAUGAGAGUUGGGUAGGAGUUGAUGAAUGAUGUACCUACAGUCAGCAAUCUUGCUGUAAAACACAAUGAGCCUUUUCUUUCCCACAUAAGCUUUAAAGCAGGGAUGGAAAGACUUCCUUUAACCUGUUUUUUUGUUUGUUUUUUUCCCUAAGGAAACAACACUUCAGUCAUGCCAAACACCAGAUAAUUUGUACAUGUAAAAAACCAUGUAACUGAGUCUUGGGUGGGUCUGUUUAUGAAGUUGCAGUGGUUUAAUACCUCUGUUAAAAAUAUGAAUAUUUUUAUGAUUAAUUAAAUAUUUUGUCUUUGAAUAUGACAUUUAUUGCAAAUCAAAAAACUAUGCAAUUUGUUAUAAACAUGCAUCAACUAACCCCCACAAUGACAGAGGUCUGGAGCAGGGAUCAAACCGGCAACCUGCCAAUUGUGGGGCAAACUCCUACGUAGCACUGUUGCCAUCAUCUUGGGUGGUACUUUCAUAUUUUUAUUUUUAACAUAUUACCAUGACUACAAUUAUGAUUUUUUUUCUUUUCAUUUUUUGUGCUCUGUUAGCAGGUGGCCCUGCGUGCAGACACACAUUUAAAGACAAUUAGUUGAAGCUGACGGGUAAUGAUUUACUGUUCAUGUUUACAUUGUUGUGUGUGUUCCUGAAACCACAGAACAAGUCUUUGCUUCUGUUAAAAUGUUCUAAUCGCUGCAGGCGACUCUAACAUGAACAGUGACAUCAAGUUGAAAUGGUUUAAUAAUCUGAACUCUUGUAUUGUUUUCAGUCUAUUUCAGUAAUUCUUUAGCUUGUACUUUUUUAUUCUGUUUGGAAAACUGAUGUGAUGAACUGUUUGGUUUCAUACUUGGCUUUGCGGCAUCAACACCUUUUGCCUUAGAGUGGAAG